GCUGCUGCAAGAGCGAUGCGUGCCGAACUUCUCCAUUAUCUAUCCGCUGGGAGGUCCGGCGCUGCACGUACGCCACACAAGCGAGCGCGACACAGACAAACGGACAGUCUUGCAUGGUGCAGGGACGAUAUGGCUGCCGCUAUUGCCGCCUUCUCCCUCCUCCUGCUCGUCGCCGCCCAGGAGGCGGCCCCCGUUCUUGGCUUCACGAGGAGCGACUUCCCUGAAGAUUUCGUCUUCGGAUCUGCUACCUCGGCGUAUCAGUAUGAGGGUGCCGUUGCUGAGGAUGGCAGGAGCCCAAGCAUCUGGGACACCUUCACGCACGCAGGGAGAAUACCGGACAAAAGCAAUGGUGAUGUCGCCGCCGAUGGGUACCACAAGUACAAGGAUGAUGUCAAGCUCAUUACUGACACUGGCCUGGAGGCUUAUAGAUUCUCCAUCUCCUGGUCCAGGCUUAUACCAAAUGGAAGGGGAGCUGUCAAUCCUAAAGGGCUAGAGUACUACAACAAUCUUAUAGAUGAGCUAGUUACACGUGGUGUCCAAGUCCAUGUUAUGCUUUACCAGCUGGAUCUCCCUCAGGUUCUAGAAGACGAGUAUGGUGGAUGGUUAAGCUCCAGAAUUGUGGAGGAUUUCACAGCAUAUGCAGAUGUGUGCUUCAGGGAGUUCGGAGACAGGGUUUCGUACUGGACUACUCUGGAUGAAGCCAACAUCGAUGCAGUUGGAUCCUAUGAUACUGGACAAUUCCCACCUGGACGAUGCUCGGAUCCAUUCGGAAUAACAAAAUGUACAGUAGGAAACUCAAGUGUGGAACCAUAUAUAGUAGCUCAUAACAUGAUAUUGGCACAUGCAUCAGCUACCAGACUGUACAGAGGAAAAUAUCAAGCCGUGCAAAAAGGAGUUAUUGGCAUAAAUAUUUACUCAUUUUGGCCUUACCCGUUAACAAACUCCACCGCCGAUUUAGAAGCAACUCAAAGAUGCAAGGACUUCUAUUAUGGCUGGAUACUAGAACCGUUGGUGUUCGGAGAUUAUCCACAGGUAAUGAAGAAGAAUGUCGGUUCUCGCCUUCCAUCAUUCACAAAAGUCCAAUCUGAAGCUGUCAUGGGAGCUCUAGAUUUCAUUGGAAUAAACCACUAUUAUUCUCUUUAUGUGAAUGAUCGCCCUUUAGAAAAAGGUGCUCGCAACUUCGCAACGGACAUGUCCGCUUACUUCAGAGGUUCUAGAACCGAUCCGCCGAUUGGUCCGCAUGCCCCAACAUCUGUUCCAGUUGAUCCCAAAGGAUUGCAAUAUGUGGUGGAGUACCUGACCGAAGCUUAUGGGGACUUUCCUAUUUACAUCCAAGAGACCGGUAUUGCAACCAGCAAUGGCAGCCUCCAUGAUACUGACAGGGUCGAUUACAUGGAGAGGCACAUAGAGAGCACACUGACUGCACUAAGGAAUGGAGCUAACGUGAAAGGCUACUUCUCCUGGUGCUUCUUGGACCUCUUCGAGUACCUGUCAGGGUUCAAGUCGCAGUACGGCCUGUACCGCGUCGACUUCGAGGACGAGGCGCUGCCAAGGCAAGCCAGGCUCUCUGCUCGCUGGUACUCCGAGUUCCUCGAGAACAAGGGGACCCGUGUAGGGAAUGAGCUCGACGUCGACGAUGCAGGAUCGCAUGCUCAACAAUGAGAUAUUAAGUUUGAUGCACUUAUUUAUCCAUUCUCAAUACACACACUGUAUAGCCUUUUGAAGAAGAAGAAAUAAAACAUAUAUUGUAUAGAUAUACAUAUCGACAGAAUAAAGUAGAGUUCUCUCUUGUGAUGUAA